CAACAAGUGAAGCAGCACAUUGUGCUAUUCCACCACUCGUCUGCAAUUUAGAUGAUCUGGAACGCGCACAUUAUUUCUCGACGUUACUUCCGUCGCCUCUUUCUCAAGUGAAUGUUUCCCCAACGGUUAUUCGCGGGAGAGAAGCGCCAAACUCGAAAUUGAAGAGACUAUUUUUUUUAAACCAAGGCCAUACAAAUCUAACCUUGGAAUUUGCAAUUUAGACACUACAUUUUUGGGAGUAUGAAACAAUCAUGACAGAAACACUUUUCAAUAAGCGAUUGCAAGUGCACGUCAAAUGCAAAGAUUGCGAAGAAAGGAGAGGAAAUAUCAGAGUCUGCAUUGAGCUUCAAUUAACAACUAAUCCAGUCCACAAAAGGGAUCUGCUGGUGAGACUGACAGAUGACACCGACCCUUAUUUUCUGUACAACCUUGCCAUAUCAGAAGAGGAUUUUCAAAGUUUGAAAGUUCAACAGGGCCUGUUGGUAGACUUUGCGUCCUUUCCUCAGAAGUUUAUAGACCUGCUAAACCAGUGUAUCUCGGAGCAAGACAAAGAGAAUCCAAGAUUUCUGCUCCAGUUGUCAUCUCCAUCAUCCCCAGUAUUAGACCACAGCCCUGCCAACCUCAAUGUUGUGGAGACCAACGCAUUCAAGCACCUCACUCACCUGUCUCUGAAGCUGCUACAUGGCACUGACGUGGAGAUCAAGAAGUACCUGGCAGUUUGUCUCUCCUGUGUAAAGGAGGAGAAGCAGCAGUUGGAACAGAGGCUGAAGAAGACUGAAGAUGAUCUCUCGAGGCAGCUCAGCUACACACAACAGACUCUGUCGGAGAAGAGCAGAGAGCUAGACAAGCUUCGGUCUGAGUGGACCAGCCAAACAAGCGCUCUGUCGAGCCGCCACUCUCAGGACCUCACUGCAGAGCGGGAGAACGCUUUGGAGACACAAACCAGGCUGCAGCAACAAAACGAGCAGCUGCGCCGGGAGCUGGAGGGAGCCCACACUAAGAGCACCCAACAGCUGCAGAGCAGGCUGGCCGAGCUUGAGACCUCCAACAGGGACCUGACUGAGAAGAGAUACAAGAGCGAGUCCACCAUCCGCGACUUCAAAGCCAAACUAGUGGGACUGGAAGAGGAGUCUCAGCGAGCGAAGCAGCAGGCCCUGUCUCUUCGGAGGGAGAACGGCACCCUGGACACGGAGUGUCACGAGAAGGAGCGUCAGGUGAACCAGCUGCAGACACGUGUGGCAGUCCUGGAGCAGGAGAUGAAAGAUAAGGAGCAGCUCGUGCUCCGCACCAAGGAAGUGCUGGAAGCCACUCAGCAACAAAAGAACUCAGUUGAAGGAAAUGCCGAAAGCAAACAACUCCAAAUGGGAAAACUGGAAGCCACAGUGAAAUCCCUGUCUGAGGAACUCAUAAAGGCCAAUGGCAUCAUCAAGAAGCUGCAGGGAGAGCUGAGGGGCCUGGUGGGGAAGAUCAAGGUGAAGAACACUGUGAUGGUGUCUCAGGAGAAGGUGCUUCAGGAGACCCAGGAGAGGCUGCACAAAGCCCAGCGAGACCUGCAGGACACUCAGCAGCAGCUCAAGCAUAGAGACGAGGAGGUGUCGAAAUUGAAGGAGCAGUUGGAGGAGACUGUUCAGAAAUUAGAUGAAAGCAGGGAGGUGCUGAAAACAAACGAGAAUGUUAUAAUGUGGCUGAACAAACAGCUGAAUGAGAACCAGUUAUCCAGGAAGCCGGAGAUCCUUGGAACGUUUGAGACUCCUUCAACUCUCUCAGCCUCAACUGGACAGAGGAUGGGCGGUGCAUCUCACAACAUGCUGGACAGCCGAGCGUUUCCCUCCUCGGCCGGACAGGGCUACCCCAUCACGUCCACGCUGAACUCCAAACUCCCUCUGUCCAGCCGCUCCGUCUUCUCACUACACAACCAGGGCCCUGGAGCCAAGGUCCAGUUUAACCCGAUGAGUACCAAGCCCGGCAUGUCUCCGGUGGAUGUGAGGGAUGGGAGCCCCACAGCACAGCAUCCCCCUCAGCCCUCCAACAAAGAGAAUGGCGAGCCUGCUGGGUUGGAGUCCAAGUACUUUGAGAAGCGAGACGACAGCAUUCCCCUCCGUGGUCUGUUGUCUAGCAUGCACCUCAACAGAGAUGUUCCAAGGCCACCACCAGCCAAGCCUGGCCUGCACCCUCUGUCGUCCGCUUACUUCCCUGGCUGAGAAGGAAUGGAGCCAAUAACUACUGUAAUGUCCACUCCACAACACACCACUGAAUACCACUGUGACUAAGGAGAGUGAAUUGUUCGACCAACCACAGAUUCUCACAGUACCUCCGCCUAUGUUAAUGUUUUUAACCUGCUGUGUUUCCAAGUAUUUAUUAAAAAGACAACCAAUCAAUAGUAAUUAAGCCACUUGAUCGGUUUGCCAAAUAUUACGUUGGUUGGUUUGUUUAAAAAAUAACUUUGUCGUCACAUCUUACUCAUAAUUAGCAUUGACAUAACUAAUGCUGUCAUCAUGUUGCUCUGGGUGUCUUCAUAACUUUUAACACUCUAGUACUCAAGUCCUGGUACGAAUGAUACGUUCUACCAAUGAGUGUUCCUCAAGAAAAGCUGCCGUCUGUUCUCAUGGUGCAACAAUUUGAUAAAACAUAACCAGAGAAAAGUUAACAUGUACAUGCUAAUCGGAAGUCAUCACCAGCGUAUUGAUGAACAGAGCAUGAACCACAAAAUGAUUGCUACUGAAGUGUUUGCUGUGUAAAAACUGUACAUAUGGGUGUAUGAAAUGAGUCAUUAAUGUGUGUGUAUAUCUGUAGAUUAAAGUUUUGUUUUCAGAA